AUGGAUGCUAAGAGACAGGUCUGCGUCCCGCGCGUGCCGUGUGCAGGGAAUGAUGUUUGUCACCUUCUCUGCGUUCCUGCCCACGGCGGCGGCGCUCGGCGGCUCUUCGGUGUUCGGUGCGCAGAGCGUCACCUUCAUCGGGCUGUACCUCCUACCUCGUGGCCAUCGGAAGCGGCGGCGUGCAGUCAUUCUCUGCUGCCAUUCGGCGCGGAGGAGUUCGACCAUGACAACUCAGCGGACCGGGAGAGCAAGGCGUCUUUCUUCAGCUGGCUCUACCUCUGCGUUGACUUCGGCCCCAUCGUCUCGGGCCUUCUCAUCACAUGGAUCUAG